GGGAAGGACGUGCAGAAAGCAGAGUAUCAGAAGGAGAGGGAAAGCUGUGUCAAGGGCACGCCGUCUGCUACAAGUUGAAUGCUUUGUUCCAGUAUUGGAGGCAGCAGCAUUCUCGAGUGCCGGGGCCCGGAACCGAUGGCAGACAAUGUCAACAACUAACAACAUAGCACAGGCCCGGAAGCUGGUGGAGCAGCUCCGCAUCGAAGCCGGGAUCGAGAGGAUCAAGGUCUCCAAAGCAUCUUCUGAGCUAAUGAAUUACUGUGAGCAGCAUGCCCGGAGCGACCCACUGCUGGUUGGAGUGCCCGCCUCAGAGAAUCCCUUUAAGGACAAAAAGCCUUGUAUCAUCCUAUAGCUUUGCCCCGUCCCGCGCGCGCGCUCUCUCUCAGGCAGGGCACUGUUCUGUACCGAUUUAAACCAAGUCACACACGUACACCUGCACGGAGGGGGAAACACUACACGUUGGAUUCAAAUAGACCUUGCAGUCUCCCAAAGCGACAGUGUUCAGACGGGGGCUUGGCUGCGCUGAGCAAGCUCCAAACCAAGAGAGAGGCCAAAUUAAAAAAAAAAAAAAAAAAAAAGGGGGGGGGGGGGGGCGUUUUUAAUACAGUGAUGUACUAAUUUUGGCUUCCUGGGGUGGGGGGGGUUGGAGGAAGCAGAUUUUAACUGCAUUUGCCAAUGGGAUGCAGAGCCUCAGACAGACUUUGACCUUUGAAGGUGUUCUGGGCAAAGCUCCGGGUGAGGUUGGAUGGAACGAGGGAUUCCCAUUCGCGUCUUUUUCCAAGCGUUUUGAAUCGAUCGCUCCGGUUCGGGAAGGGGGACGAGAGUCCAGUUUUAUAAACAGCAACAAUCUUUUUUUUUUUUUUCCCCCUUUCCAAAAGAAAAAAAAAAUUGAUCUAGCUGUAUUGAGAAUUACUAGAGCAGGCGGGCGGGCGGGCAGGAGGCUGGACAGCGCCGUCGUAACGCGGGAUGGGCACGGGAAGCUUCCUCUCGGUGAAACGCGAGCCCCAGCUUGGAAACAUCCAGUGGCCACGUGGGAUCUGUAACGAGGGAGUCGCACCGGGGGGCCGAGGUGUCUCCGGACGCCCCCCAGCCAUGAGCGCUGCAGCAGCUGGCGCAGGACAGGGUUUGGCCCCAGGCGCUGGGGAUGGAGGCGUUGAGAUCUUGUGAGCGCGGCGAGCUCUGUGUGUUGUUCCCACAAUUUUCCCAGCAGACUGGCAGUGGGGAAGGGAGGGAGGGGGGGGGGUUGGGGUUUGUAGCGGGUGGCGGGGCUUUUUCUGUGCAGUAGACUAUGGAAACUUCUAGCCAAGCCUUUCCGAGCGUAGGUCCAGGACACUAGAACCGGCGGCCGGCUCUGGGGACCCUCCCCUCUCCCCUUCCCUCCUGAUAACCAGUGCUGCGAGGAGUUUUGCAUUCGCCCCUGUUAAUUGUAGGAUGGGGGGGAAGAGAGGGCGGCAGUAAGGUAGCAGAGGAAGCAUUGCAUUCACGAUUCCCGUCCCUUGCAAAGUGUGAGCGCCGUCGGACCGAGCUUGGCCCACGUAACGCCAUGCACUGCGAUCCGGGAGCGAGCUCCCCACGGAGAGGCCAGCCGACGUGCCCACGAGCACUGGUCCUGCCCCUUCCUGCCCGCGCGGGCUCUUACCGUGGCAUGGAGGUCCUCAGCCCUCCUGCUCCCCUGUGGUGCAACCCCAAUGGUGCUUGGGAGAAAGAUCUGAGCUCAGGGAAGCCCUGCCACCUCUCCCGCGUAGUUAGAGCAACCCACCCGGCGCGUGUCCUUGGGUCCCUUUUUAUAAGAACCCGGCAGAAAUCCCAAUAGUCUCCAUUGAAGCAGCAGAUUUGCUCACCAGCUUCUAACACUGUAGACAAGAGACUGUCUAAUACCGUUAGCUUUAUCUAAUAAUCGGGUAGACCUGCUUCUGCAGAGGACAGCCCAGCUUUCCGUGGCUAGGACUGAGGGGCAGAGAAGUGCUCAGCGCAGAAGGGAGAGGGGUGGAUAAGCCUCCUAGGCAGACCCCUUAGUGCUGGUGUCUUGGAUGGAGAUGGCGGAUGGAUCCGGGCACGUUCCUGGGGCACUUGACGUGCGGGGCGGUCGGUUCAUCUGCAUCUUCACCCAAGUUUUGGUCCAAAUUGUGUGCAGAGAAAGGCUCCCCCCCAUCCUGGGAGGUCUGUCUCACCAAGCCAUUGCCCCAGCACGCUGGGUCUGGUUUCCAUCGCUUCCGUACAAAAGUAGUGUCGCAUUCUGGGCCCCUUGCGAUGCCGACAGGCCAGGGGCCGUGUCCCAGCACCAGUCCUGCCUGUGCGCUGCCGAAGGGGGAGGCCGGGGGGAGCCACGGGCUCAGCCUUCACGGAGACCCUGAGGAGGUUGGGCUUGUGGCUCUCAGAGGCCUACUUUGAGUGAGGGACUGGGACUGGCCCCGUGCCUUUUACCAGGGCAGCAAGCAGCUUGGUCCAGCACCGCCAGGGUUUUGGCCACCUGCUCUCAGACAGCAAACGUGGGGUUCCUGGGCAGGGGGUGCCAGCCCCGGAGCUGCCCCCCGUUCUUUGCUCGUGGUGACUUGCUCCACGGGGAGCGACACCCUUUGUCCCUCCCAGAUGAUGAGAUUUGCUGUUCGGGGAAAACCGACUCGCCCGUGUCAGCCCCCCGCCAGGCCACCCCCAGCUGCAGAUUGGCAGCGCCGGCUUUGUGCAGGUGAGGGGCUCGCGGAUCUGUCCCGGAUCCUUCGCCCUCCGCUCUUUCUUACGUCAUCGCUCACAUUUUUAAGCAAAAGUUUUUAAACGAGGACUUCAUGUUUUUAACACUACCCCAGUCCCUCUCGCUGCCACCCCGCAGGAUCCCUGGAGCCCCGCGCUGAGCCCGGGGGAGCAGGAAGCCUCCUGCAGCCCUGUCCGAGUGUCCCGGGUUCUGGUCCUGCCAUCCGCUAGCAGCUUUGCCCCUCGUUGCCCCUGCUGCGCAAGGCCUUCCCCAGGGCAGCGCUGCCUUGGCACGGCCCCAGGACCGUCCGGCACAUGCAGCACGUUGCUUCCUGUGUCCGGGAGACCCAGCGAGUGUCUCCCAGCCCCGGCCCCCCUAGCAGGUCUGCAAACCCACGAGAGAUCCCUUGUAGUUUUCCUUCUCAGUCCAAGCGAUUUAGGCUCCGUCAGUCGCCGCGCCCAUAGCGAGCGCUGUCCCCCGCGGCCGGGCUGUCCCUCCACCGUGGGGGCUUCCCCCGGUUCUUAAUUUAGUCCAGCUCCAGCCUUAUUUUUCUACUCCGGAUUUGCUGAUUCUUCCUCUACGUUAGAGAACAGUGCAUGGUGCUAUAGCUGGCGCUCCGGGCAAGCCCAGGAGUCGCAGGUCAGCCACGAGCCCCGGGUCCUUCAUUUGCGUGGCAGAGGCCACCGCGGGCGCUGCUCACCCAGCCGCCCGCGAGGGACGCACCAGUGUCAUCGGUUCUUGCAACCUGAUGAGUCUGCCCAAAGCUCUGCUCCCCGCAGCCCCCCUGCACCCCCAUCACCCCUUCCCCAGCGCCCCGUGGAAGUGUCCUGUGUCCAGCCCGGCCCGUUGGCACGGUCAGUGCUAGUCAUCAUGGCACGUGGGCUUUGCCAGGGUGGGGGUUGGCAGGUCACUUGCACGGCAGCGUUGCCUUGGGCCGUGUUAUCCCCAUGUGCAAGGGCCGGGCACAGCUCUGGAUCAGCAUGCAGUUGGAGGAGGAUGGGGAGGACAGGACCUUUGGCCUGGGGGACACGUGCCCAGCCGGGAGCCCGCUCCCUUCACACUGCCCCGUGAGAGCUAUGCAAAGCGGCAGAGGCAGGGACAGUUUUGGGCUCCCCUGCUCCUGGCACCGUUGUCUCAAGCAUGCCCGGGGCAGCUGGGAGCCCCGCUCCAGCCUCCGGUGCAGGCAGAGAUGGCAGAGGUCCCUGUGCUGGGGGACUGGCCUAGCUCUGCGGGGUGGUGGGAAGGAGCCGGCUCGGUUGCUUGGGGGUGGAGGGGGGGUCUUCACCUGCAGGCUUCCCCAUUUUUAUCCCCCCCACCCCAUCCGAGUCGCGCAGCGCUCAUACCGUAGAUGUUUUUGUAUCGCAUAAAUAUCAGUGCCGGUUCCAGUAGCUGCUUGUACUUUGUCAGUGCAUUUGCCAAAAAAGAAAAAAAAAAAAAGAAAAAAAGACACUUUCCGGACUUUUUAAGUGCUCUGAACUGUGAAGUGCGGGGGGCGGCUCCUCUCCCCAUCCCUCAUCGCGGUCAGGCCACCGGGGCCUGCCCGGCACACGCUCCACAAAGGCCUUUUUGGGAUGUCAGCCCCCCGCCCAGAUUGGCCCGGAGUCCCUCUCACGCGUGUGGCAAAGCCGUCACCAGAAAUAGAAAGGCGAGGGACUGAAAAAGAGGGCGGGCGGGCAGGCGGGCGGGAGGAAGCGGAGUGCCUGUGUGAUCUGCCAGCCGCUCGGGUCCCGGGGCCGAGGCAGCCCACAGGCUCCUGUCCUCGUAGACCCGCCAGGAGGGAGCGACAGCUCCGCCAGCCCUGGCUGCAGGGGCGGCUGGUGCUUCUGCCUCUGGCCAGAAGGAUCAGGCCCCCCCGCCCAGCCUCUUGCAGGCGCUUGCUGCCGGAUGGGCAUCAGCCGCGUGGUCAUCCGGGGCUAAGAGCAUCCCCGAUGCUUUGCCCCCCCAGGGUGCAUCCCCAGCCCUGCUCCCUUAGGACGAAGGCAGCUUCCCUCACCUCCCUGCCCGAGCCAGGCGUAUCCUACCAGGAGCGCGGCUCCUUAAACAUCCCGGCUCCAGCUGCGUGGGGGGAGAGCUUAGGAGCGAUGCCCGUGUCGCUCAGUCCCUGGCCCUGUGAGCAGCCCAGCCGAAUCCCUCUUCCCCGUUGCGAGUACUUAAAAGUCGCCUCUAUUAACGAGAGUCAAGGCGACCGCAUCCUCCCCCUCUGCAGGAAAAGCCACGCGUUGGGUCCCUUGCGCUCUUCACUUCUCUCUCUGGUUUAUGACUCUUCUUUGCCAAACUCUGAUAUUGUUGCCAAACGCCAGUCGAGGUUUGUAAAGACUGUCCUUUAGGAAGUAAUCGGUGUCCGUAACGUAGGUUCUUCAUAACGUCUGCAUUUGGGGAUCUCCGAUUUAUUUUUAUUUCCCCCCUUUCUGGUGUGCCAUAGACCAAUUUCUUGCACAGUGUUUAAUAUUUUGUGGACUUGUUGUUAAAAAGUGACUUGAUAACACAAUAAAAAGGCUCACUUUUCAUUUUA